AUGGUGGCGAUCAGACAACACCCGGUUCGAGAAAAUAUUCAUGAAUUCGGUGGAGACAAGGAUCAGAUCACUAUAUUUGGUGAGAGCGCCGGCAGUUGGUCUGUAUCGGCACACCUACUCUCACCCCUAUCUAAGGGUCUAUUUAAGAGGGCUAUUGCCCAAAGCGGGGCUGUGAUGUUUCAUAAGGAUAGACCAAUUUUGGGAACUGUAGAGGCGUUGAGUAAAGCCAAAGAAACGGCCCGUAAAUUGGGUUGUGAUCCGUAUGACCACAAAUGGUUGGACUGUUUGCGAGCCAUUGAGGACCCGAACCUAUUUCUGGAGCCGACUGAGGCUGACGUUGCUUUUGGUGUCACGUGGCCUGUGUUUGGCACUGAAUUCCUACCCAUUUUACCACAAAAGGCUUUUGAAACUAACGAAUAUAAUUCCGGUGAAUAUAAAAAUUUUUAG